GGCCCCGCCCGCCUGGCCGCGCCGGAGGCCCGGGAGCCCGGAGUCCGGAAGCGGCGGAGCGGGGAGUGCCCGGGAUCGGGGGCGCCGGGAGCGUCGAGGACCCAGAACUGGGGGCCCCGGAGCGAGCCGGAUCCUCAGCAGGAUGACUGUGGGAAUCUUUGCAAAUUGUACCUUCUGUUUGAAAGUCAAGUCCUUACCUCGGCAGCAGAAGAAAAAGCUACAAACUGACAUCACGGAAAAUGGGGGAAAGUUUUCCCUUUUAUUAAAUCCUCAGUGCACACAUAUAAUCUUAGACAAUGCUGAUGUUCUGAGUCAAUAUCAAUUGAACUCUAUCCAAAAGAACCACAUUCAUAUAGCAAACCCAGAUUUUAUAUGGGAAUCUGUCAAAGAAAGGAGACUCUUGGAUGUAGAGAAUUAUGAUCCCAGGCAGUCACUGGACAUCACACCAUGUCCUGAUCAAAAGGCGAGCAGUUCUGAAGUGAAAACAGACGAUCUAUCCCUGGACGGUGCCUCAGAGAAGAAAAACAUUGUGGAAUUCACUAAGAUUUAUACAGAAGAUGUUGAAAUUUCUCAUUUUCCUCAAGAUUUUGAAGUUGCAAAAUAUAACACCUUGGAAAAAGUGGGGGUGGAGGGAGGCCGGGAAGCUGUGGUGGUGGAGCUGCAGUGCUCCCAGGACCCCGGGGACCAUCCUUUUCUGAUAUCCACGCACUUCCUCCUGGCGGACGGCAUGCAGCAUAGAAGACAGUUCACUGCAAAGAAAACCUCUGCGGAUGCAAGCGAAUACUAUGAAAAUUACAUUGAAGAGCUGAAGGAACAAGGAUUUCUACUGAGAGAACAUUUUACACCCGAGGCAACCCAAUUAGCAUCUGAAAAAUUGCAAGCAUUGCUCUUGGAGGAGGUCAUAAAUUCAAGCACUCUGAGCCGAGAGGUGGGCGACUUGGUGGAGAUGAUUUGGGCGGAGGCCCUGGGCCACCUGGAGCACACGCUUCUCAAGCCCGUGAACAGCAUCAGCCUCAACGAUGUGAGCAGGGCAGAGGGAAUUCUCCAGUUAGUUAGGACAGCACUGAAAACUGGAGAGACGGCAGAGCAGUUGCAGAAGACGAUGGCUGAGUUCUACAGGCUGAUACCUCACAAGACUCCAGCACCUGAAGAAGUUAACUUGGGACUGUUAGCUAAGAAAGAGGACCUUUGCCAGCUAAUCAGAGACCUGGUUAAUGUCUGUGAAACUAGCUUGUCUAAACCUAACCCACCAUCUCUUGCCAAAUACCGGGCUUUGAGAUGCAAAAUUGAGCAUGUUGAACAGAACACUGAAGAAUUUUUCAGGGUUAAAAAAGUGGUAUUGCAGAAUAAUCGCAGUGCGAGUCCAGUGGAUAUCUUGGAGAUAUUUAGGGUUGGGAGAGUGAACGAAACCACAGAGUUUCUGAGCAGACUUGGCAACGUCAGGCCCUUGCUGCACGGCUCCGCGGUGCGAAACGCCGUCGGAAUCCUGUCUCGAGGGUUGCUUUUACCCAAAGUAGUUGAAGAUCGUGGCGUGAAAAGAACAGAUAUUGGAAAUCUUGGGAGUGGGAUUUAUUUCAGCGAUUCACUCAGCACAAGUGUCAAGUAUGCACACCCAGGGGAGACAGACGGCACCAGGCUCCUGGUAGUUUGUGACGUAGCCCUCGGGAAGUGUAUGGACUUACACAAGAAGGACUCGUCCUUAACUGAGGCACCAGCAGGCUACGACAGCGUGCAUGGAGUUUCAGAAGCCGCCUCUGUCGCCACAGACUUUGAGGAUGAUGAAUUUGUUGUCUAUAAAACCAAUCAGGUUAAAAUGAAAUAUGUUGUUAAAUUUUGCAUGCCUGGAGAUCAAAUAAAGGACUUUCAUCCUCCAGAUAAUGCUGAAUUAGAGGAACACAGACCCGAGUUUUCAGAUUUUUCAAAAGUUGAAGAUUACCAGUUACCAGACACCAAACCUCCCAGCGACACCAAGGCCGGCCUGCAGGACCCCUCUGGGAACCUGGUUCCCCUCGAGGAUGUCCACAUCAAGGGGCGAAUAAUAGACUUUGUAGCCCAGGUCGUGGUUUUUCAGACGUACACAAAUCAAAGUCCUGUGCCCAUUGAGGCAAAAUACGUCUUUCCUUUGGAUGAGAAGGCGGCUGUGUGUGGCUUUGAGGCCUUCAUCAACGGGAAGCACAUAGUCGGAGAGGUGAAGGAGAAGGAGGAAGCCCGGCGGGAGUACCGCGCGGCCGUCAGCCAGGGCCACGGCGCUUACCUGAUGGAUCAGGAAGCCCCGGACAUUUUUACCGUCAGUGUUGGGAACUUACCCCCCAGGGCUAAGGUUCUUAUCAAGGUUACCUACAUCACGGAGCUCAGCAUCCAAGGCGCUGCUGCCGUCUUCUUCCUGCCGGCCGCCGUCGCGCCCUGGCAGCGGGACAGGGCUCUGAACGAAAACCUGCAGGAUACAGUAAAGAAGAUUUGUAUAAAGGAAAUAGGAACAAAGCAAAGCUUCUCUUUGACUAUGUCUAUUGAGAUGCCAUACGUGAUUGAAUUCAUUUCCAGUGACACACAUGAAUUGAAACAAAAGCGCACAGACUGCAAAGCUGUAGUCAGCACUGCGGAAGGCAGCUCCCUGGACAGCAGUGGAUUCUCUCUCCGCAUCGGUUUGUCUGAAGCGUAUCUCCCAAGAAUGUGGGUUGAAAAACAUCCAGACCAAGAAAGCGAGGCUUGCAUGCUCGUCUUUCAACCCGACCUCCAGGUGGGCCUCCCUGACCGAGCCGACGAGAGCGAAGUGAUCAUUUGUCUCGACUGCUCCAAUUCCAUGGAGGGCGUGACGUUCCUGCAAGCCAAGCAGAUCGCUUUGCACGCGCUGUCCUUGGUGGGUGAGAAGCAAAAAGUAAACAUCGUCCAGUUCGGCACAGGUUACAAGGAGUUAUUUUCAUAUCCCAAGUACGUCCCAAGCAGUGUCGUGCCGGCAGAGUUCAUCAUGUCGGCCACUCCCACCAUGGGCAACACAGAGUUCUGGAAAACGCUCCGAUAUUUGAGUCUACUGUACCCUAGUCAGGGGUCACGGGACAUUCUCCUUGUGUCUGACGGGCACCUCCAGCAUGAGAGCCUGACGCUGCAGCUCGUGAGGAGGAGCCUCCCCCACACCAGGCUGUUUGCCUGCGGCGUCGGUUCUACAGCAAAUCGUCAUGUCUUAAGGACUCUGUCCCAGUGUGGUGCCGGAGUAUUUGAAUAUUUUAACACAAAAUCCAAACAUAAUUGGAAAAAACAGAUAGAAGACCAGAUGGCCAGGUUACGUUCUCCCAGUUGUCACUCUGUCUCCGUCAAGUGGCAGCAACUCAGCACAGACGCGCCGGAGCCCCUGCAGGCCCCAGCCCAGGUGCCAUCCCUGUUCCACAACGAUCGACUCCUUGUCUAUGGGUUUAUCCCUCAUUGUACACAGGCAACCCUAUGUGCACUAAUUCAAGAGAAAGAAUUUUGUACGAUGGUGUCAACUACUGAGCUUCAGAAGACAACUGGAACUAUGAUUCACAAGCUGACAGCACGCGCUCUAAUCCGAGAUUAUGAAGAUGGCAUUCUUCACGAAAAUGAAACCGGCCACGAGAUGAAGAAACAAAUCUUGAAAUCUGUGAUUAUUAAACUCAGUAAAGAAAACUCUCUCAUAACACAAUUCACAAGCUUUGUGGCAGUUGAGAAAAGGGAUGAGAAUGAGUCUCCUCUUCCUAAUGUGCCAAGUGUUUCUGAACUUAUUGCCAAAGAAGACGUAGACCUUCUGCCGUACAUGACUUGGCAGGAGGAUCACCCAGAUGCCGGCGGGAUGCAGCCUCUUUCAGCAUCCUCGGAAAGGAACGAAGAAGUAUGUUUCACCGAAUAUACACGCACGGCUGCACGGAAACGUAGACCGCGCACCGGGAAAGCGUCCCCGGACGCCGAAGGGCCGAGCCCACGUUCGCAACUAGCGGCACGAGCCUCCACACCCCGUUUUGAGUGGAAGGGUGUGGCGAAGCCCUCGGCUCUACGGCGUUGUUCAAGUAAACCAACAGGAGUUCCGCCGCAGCCCUGCAGCGCCCUUUACCAAGAAGCGCCUCUUUGCGGCUUCGCUCCGGCCGCCGCAGCCGCGCGUCCGCCUCGCCGGGCACUCCCCCCUCGCCCCGCCCCCGGCCUCCCUCCUCCUCCUCCUCCCCACGCUCCUCCUGCCCCCGCCCUCCGCUCCUCCCGCGCCCCCCCUCCCCUCCUCCCGCCACCGCCCCUCCCUCCUCUUGCCCCCCUCCCCGGCUCCGCCCUCCUCCCGCCACCGCCCCUCCCUCCUCUUGCCCCCCUCCCCGGCUCCGCCCUCCUCCCGCCACCGCCCCGCCCUCCUGCCCCCGCCCCCCCUCCGCCUGCCCCCGCUCCUCCCCCCCUCCCCGGCCCCGCCUUCGGCUCUCAGUGCGGUCUGUUUGGUUCUUUUCCCCGUCCCGGGCUUCUUGGCCCACCCCAGUAUGGCCGAGGCUUUGAGAGCGGCGGCUUUGCCGCCGCUGACUCUUUCCGUCUCGGGUCAGCUGCUCUCCCCCCACCGCCUCCCGGGCCCCCCGCUGGCGGCGCUUUUCCGGGUCACUCGUGCCGUGAGCUUCGUGACGGGGAGGGCAGCCCUUCUGCUGGCACGUCCCCCGCGCUGUGCCGGCCCCGGCCGCCGGCUCUUUCUCUCCCUCGUCCCAGAGCUGCGCCUCCCACCGAGGCUUUUACUUUUCUCCUAUCCUCUGCCCCCUUUGCUUUUCGUUCUGAAAGUUACUCGGUCCCUUUGAGCACCAGUCACAAGCCGCCAGUAGAUUUGCCUGAGCUUACGUCCAGUGGCCCAGGGCGUCUGUCACCUCCGCCUGCUAGAACUGCCUCGUCACUUUCUCUCGAAGGUCACUGGGCUGACUCAAGUCCUGAAAGCCUUUGUGAAACGGAAUGUGGUGACUUAGCGCCAUUCCUAAGGCAGUCAUAUCUUAAGGUAACAAGUGACUUCCCUGCGAGCCUUCAGGCAGGACAGACGGACGAAAUAGUCUGCAAACAAAGCCGGGGCAGUGUCGUGCCUUGGACUGAACUCUUCAGUCUACAAACUGAGGAUGGCUUCUGGAAACUUACAGCAGAGCUAGGAUUUAUAUUAAACCUUAAUAUAGAUGCUUUACUCAGGUUUCUUGAAGAAAAAGGCAUUCAAUCUCUAGGUAUAAAAGGAAGAGAACGUCUCCUGGACCUAAUUGCCACAUUGCUAGUGCUACAGUUUCUUAGGACCAGGUUGGAACACGAGGGAAUAGUCUUCAAAUCACUGAUGAAAUUGGAUGACGCUGCUUCCAUUUCCAGGAAUAUUCCCUGGGAUUUCGAGGCAAUAAAGAAAGCGAAUGAAUGGGUAAGAAGAACCGAGGGACAGUACCCAUCUAUCUGCCCACGGCUGGAACUGGGUAAAGACUGGGACUCUGCCACCAAGCAGCUGCUGGGACUUCAGCCCGUAAACACCGCCUCUCCUCUUCACAGAGUCCUUCGUUACAGCCAAGGCUGAACCGAAUGAAAUUGGAUUUGGAUUUUAAGCUUUCCUCAUGCUUCUGUAUAGAAAAUAAUCAAACGUUAAUAAAUGCCUGUCAUGAAAUUUAAUUAUGAUUUUAUUUAGUAUAGCAAUCAGUCCCUUUAAAAUAAGGCAAAUAAAUGGAAGCCCAACAGAUUGUUUUAACCAACUAACGAGCAAUAAUAAAAUGAAAAUUACAAUAUUA